CUGCAGGGUGCUCUCCAUCGUGCUCCGUCCGAGUCUUAGCUCUCGCACUGUUUCUCAGACGCGCGCUCAUUAUCCAUCUCCUCAAAAGAUGUCGAACCCUAGGGUCUUCUUCGACGUCACGAUCGGCGGAGAGCCGGCCGGCCGGAUCGUGAUGGAGCUCUUCGCGGACACCACCCCGCGCACCGCCGAGAACUUCCGGGCGCUCUGCACCGGGGAGAAGGGCGUCGGCCGCAGCGGGAAGCCGCUCCACUACAAGGGGUCGCCGUUCCACCGGGUGAUCCCGGGGUUCAUGUGCCAGGGCGGCGACUUCACCGCCGGCAACGGGACCGGCGGGGAGUCGAUCUACGGGUCCAAGUUCGAGGACGAGAACUUCGUGAGGAAGCACACGGGGCCCGGGGUGCUGUCCAUGGCGAACGCGGGGCCGGGGACCAACGGGUCGCAGUUCUUCAUAUGCACGGAGAAGACGCCGUGGCUGGACGGCAAGCACGUGGUGUUCGGGCAGGUGGUGGAAGGGAUGGACGUGGUCAAGGCCAUAGAGAAGGUCGGGUCCAGCUCCGGCAGGACCUCCAAGCCCGUCGCGAUAGCUGACUGCGGUCAGCUCUCUUAACUUUGCAUAGUUCUGUACUGCACUGCGGCUUGGCCGGGUGUUUCCUGGAUAUAUGUAGCAAUAUGAUCUGAGCUAUCAAAAUGCGGUGGUUCUGUUGGGGCUUUUAACGUGGCGAGCUAUCUAUAAAGUUCCCUCUAGUAUUUAAUAAGACUGUAAUUAUGUCGUUAAUCCCAAUUGAACUCGGUGAUCCUUUUGCUUUG